UACCCAAUGUAUAGGAGUCUGGGUGGGACCCAGAGCCGGUAUAAACGACGUGGAGAAGAGAAGACUAUUGUCUCGAACUUCGGUAGUCCAUCCCGUAGUCAGUCGCUAUACCGACUUAUCCUAUGGUCUUUAAAAUGAUUAUUUAGCCUCUUCAGUAGGCAUUUUAGGUAGGGAAGUUCUCAAACUCUGAAGAUGAUGACAGCGGCAUAAAGCCACAAAUCAGUGAAAUGCUAUGAAAAUAGGUUUUAUGGUAGGACAGAUGAUCAGUCGCCGGCUGGUCCAGGUUGAAUCCCAGUGUAGUCCAUGUGGGGUUUGUGACUGACGGAAUGGCACUAAGCCAGCAUUUUCCUCAAGUCCUUCGGCUUUCCGCCCUGCAGUUAUAAUUCCACCAGUUCUCCGGAUCACCUUUCUUCAGGGGCUCUUACAAUAGUAUCAGGAGGCUUAGGCUCGUCCCACUGUUAGGAGACUAAAUCAGCAAACGAAUAUGUAUUUCUUCCCCUUAAUAUACUCGACAUGAGAUGAGUUACGAAGCUUCUCUUUCUGUUAUAAAAAUUUCACUGCAACAUAUCUCUUGUUAGGGAUUGAAAGCUUUUGCGUACUGAACAGGCUAAGAAUGUAUAAUGAUUAAUCUUUUAUUGUAACACUAUAUAUUGAAGAAAUUUUGGUUAUACUAUAUUACUACUACUACUGUAAAAUGUACUACUAAUAACAAUGAUGCUGUACACUAAUCAUUUUUUCCUAUUGAUAUUGAGAAAGAUAUCCGUUAACGGAAACAGAAGUAAGUUUAUGAGAUAGCCACACUGUCUAAGCUUGCGUAUAUCCCACAUCUGAACCACAUUGCCUUAGUAUCCAUGGAACAGAACCCUUUUACGCUGACUCUUGGGGUUAGGUAUGGCGGGUCCAAACAGUAUCUGUGAACAUAUAACCGUUUACUGAAUUAUAUUGAAUCUGAAGAGUAAACAGCAUUCUGGUUAAGGGGCAUAUUACUAAAGUGGAUAUUGAGAAAGGGAUUUUGAAAAUUUUCUUCAACCAUACGGCAGAAGAUUAAGAUUUUAAAGUUGUGAAUAGCAUAUAACUGUCCCAGUAGAAGACACACUGGAACAUUUUGUAACGUGCUAGAGGAUCCAUAACAGAUGCCUUAUAUAUAUCUGUGAUAUAAAAUUAAGUGACGUACUGAAGUCUGCUGGAAAAUAUAAAAUAUAUGUCAUAUUUUAACGUUAUAAAGUAAUAAUUAAAUUAUAAAACACGGGAACAUAGUAAGAAGUAUGCCAUGACGGAAAAUAAUAUAACAGUAUAAUAUCUGCUUGAAGUAAAGUAGGCGCGCGUGUGUGUCAAGUAUUGCCAAUUCUGGAACGCGCUAAAAGAAGUACGGGUUGGGGUUUGAGUUGGAUGUGUUGUGUUGAUGUCGGUUUAUAACAUCUUAUUCUGAACUCUGCAAUGAAGCACGUAUACAACUGUAAAAUUUAUGAAAUGCUCUAAAUAGAUACUAAUAAUUGUUUUAUUACUCUGUGGCUCAUGAGGGUGGAGACGAUACUAAUUAUCAUGAUUUAGAGUGUGAACGACCAUUAGUAUGAAGGUUGAAGCUACCAUGAAAUCGACUCUCGAUUCAUGAAUACGUCACUUCCUGUGAUCUCCUUUUCUUAGGAAUGUGACUUCCUCCUACUUCCUUCAAAGUGUUAUAUUAUUAUGUGUGUGUUACAACUCGUCUUCAUCUCUAGUUCCACUGAUAGUGCUCAGUCCAUCAGAGCAAUCUCCUUCCUUGGGUACGUAUUGAUAGAGUUUGGGACGAUCUGCUGGAUUGCCACCGAACUUCAAGUACAGAGUGAAAAAGUGGGAGCAGCUGUUCUUUUAACCGAGUACUAUAACGAAUCUACCAAGUUCCAAAAGAACAUUCCCUUGAUUGUAAUGAGGACACAGCGCCCAGUCCGUCUGUCUGCCGGACCGUUUGGGUCUCUCUCUCUAGAGUUGUUCACAAAGGUUCUGAACUCUGCUUACUCUUACUUCACGAUUCUCAGAGAAGUGACUCGCGAAUAGCCAGCAGGACAUGUCACGUGUUCUACGGCGUAGUUACCAAUUAGCAUUUUUUGUUAUAUUUUUCUCUGGAAUCUUUAAAUGCAUACUGUUAUUAAGUGUUGUGUUAUUGCUUUGUAGGUUAGUAGUAAUUAUGUACAGCGCAUACUUUAAUUUUAGAUAAAUAAUCUUGGCCACAGAGUUUAUUUGUAUAUAUACUUUGGUUCACUGAAUAAAUAAAUAUAAAAUUUUUCCUAAAUAUUCUUAACCCUUUAAUAUUUGUCGU